AUGGCCUCACUUGCGCCAGACACCUCUUGGGAGGAUAUUAUUUGCUGCAGGGAAUCCAGAUUCAAUGUCGGUUGCUACUACUUGGGGGAAUUGCAACUUGAGCAAGACCAACUCCAGGGGUUUGGAUUUUCGGCCGUGCAAGACCUGGAAGCUAACACAGUCCUUCUCAUUGAGCGAGCUUUGACUGGAGAAGCCUUGCCGUGCUUCCAUCCGCGGUCUGCUGCCGAGAUACCACGCUUCCUUUAUCUUUUCCCCCUAUGUCUCAUCUCGCCCGGCAUCCUGGAUAGGCUUCCCGGCUUCCUGAGCGCUCUGCGGGCCCGCUUGAACCGCUUUGAUGCGCUCUAUGGACUUGGGACAAUCUUCAACCACUCUUGCCGACCGAAUUCGCGCCGACUCACGGAUCACAAUAUGGGAUUGAGUCUUAUCGCCACCAGCAGAGCAGUGAAGGCAGGCGACGAGGUAACACUGCCGUAUCAAGAUUUUGGACGCAGCUGCAGCGCCUGGCUGCGGCGUUUGGUGCUGUUCUAUGGGCGAUGCGCGCAAGUGAGCUCCUGGAAGGGAUUUCCGACAUCCUGCCCUAUCCGAACAUCCCCUUGGAUCCGAACAGGAAGUUUUCCAAGAGGCUCUGUCAUUGUGAUGAGUAUCCCUUCGCUGCGAGUGCUCCCGACCACAGCGUGGAGACUGGUGGGUUUCUAUGCCUUGCUGACCAUCGCAUUGCAGCUGCUGGACGCGGUAGUUGACUGA